GCCGUAUUGUUACUUUUAUUUGCCUUAACAACCCCAGGCAGACAUGAUUCGUGCCUACAAUAACGUUUUAUUCCCAGUAGGUGGCGCAGUCCGCCACGCUGGAGCCAUAUCUUCUCUUUUGGAAUCUUGCAUUGACUUGGGCCUAACGAUUCUGAGAUCGUCAUUAUUUGUAACCAUAGAGCAUGAAUUACCUCUUGAGGUCAUCAGUGAGAAUUUACGACUGGUCAACAAAAGCACGUGAUUCCCAAACGCACCCCCACCCCCCCAUAUUUGGCCGCAUACAUAGCAAAAACGAAGUACAGUGCAUUGCUAUAAUUCAUUAAUACAUCAUAAAUCGUGAAGCACAGGGUUAUAACGACCAAGAUCCACAAAUCAAGCCCUCCAAAAUAACCCAAAUGAGCUCUUACUUUGUAAACUCGUUCUCAGGGCGCUAUCCAAAUGGCCCCGACUAUCAGUUGCUAAAUUAUGGGACUAACAGCUCUAUGAACGGUUCUUACAGAGAAUCAAGCACCAUGCAUUCCAGCUCCUAUGGCUACAACUACAAUGGGAUGGACCUUAGCAUCAACCGCUCAGCUUCUUCUGCACACUUUGGGGCUGUUGGGGAAAACUCCCGUGGCUUUCCUUCACCACCUCAGGAGAAUAGGUUUAGACAAGCUUCUAGCUGCUCCUUGUCACCUCCCGAAUCCUUGUCCUGCUCCAGCAGCGAAAAGCAUGGAGCAAAGCCCAAGUCGUCCCCAUCCGAUCAACCGACUUCUGCCAGCUCGAACACAAAUUUUACAGAAAUAGACGAAACCAGCGCUUCAUCGGAAACCGAAGAAAACACUCAGAGAAAUGGCUCCAUUCCCAGGACACAGACAGAGACAACCGUAGCAUCCAGCACAGCAACAGAAGGGCAGACGCCGCAGAUAUUCCCCUGGAUGCGGAAGCUUCAUAUUAGCCAUGAUAUGACAGGACCUGAUGGGAAAAGGGCGAGGACAGCUUACACCCGCUACCAAACGUUAGAACUGGAAAAAGAGUUCCACUUCAAUAGGUACCUAACCCGAAGAAGAAGAAUAGAGAUUGCCCAUGCCCUGUGCCUUUCCGAGAGGCAGAUCAAGAUAUGGUUCCAAAACAGGAGAAUGAAAUGGAAGAAAGACAAUAAACUGAAAACCAUGAAUCUGGCGUCGGCAGGUAGCGCCUUUCAACCUUGAAUGACACAUUUAAUAGUAAUAAAAAAAGAAACACAGAAAGAAAAGAAACAACUGCAAGAACAGAUUUCACACCUACGAGUACUGUAUUCAGAGAGGCACCUUUCUGGCAUGUUAAAAUGUUAAAACUACUACUGUGGUACCUUUAUCACAAAACGGUGUAAUAUGUUGUGUUUAUUUUAUUUUCAGAUGAUCUUAAUGCCUGUUAUUGUUCUAAAUGUUCAUGUGUCAGUGAUAUAUUGAAACUAGCAUGUUUAACGUGCGCUCUUGAAUGUUAUAACUUAUUUAUAAUUGAUAAUACAUUUGUAUACAUCUGAGUUUACAGUUUUUAAACGCAUCUACUCUAGCUUGUUAAAAGUGUGACUCCUGAACUGUAAAAGCAAAAAAAAAACAUGUAAAUUUAUCUUCAGAUCUUCAAGUCUGUGGUUUUGCCUAGCCAGACACACACACACACACACACACACACACACACACACACACACACACACACACACACACACACACACACACACACGAAUGCGCAAUAUUUGCAGAUUUGGAAACAGAUUGUUACAUAAAAAUGUGGGUAAAUUUCACGAAUUGCGUGCUGUAUAAUAAUAAAGAAUCAUGAAUGUGUUAAAUUGACUGUAAAUAUUUGAAAACUGAUGUGACUAAGGUCAUUUGUAGUGGGCAGAGUGAAUGACACGUGUAAUGUGGAGGUAGAUGGCAAUUGUCAUGUCUGGCUGCCUGUUAGUACUUUUCACAUAUGGCUUUUUUUAACUUGUAUCUCUACUUCAUGUGAAAUAAAUUCUGUUAUCCAAA